UGAUAUGGCAGCUUUGAGAGCGACCAGGUGGAACUUGCUUUGUUAACACGGCUAAACGUUUGAUUAUGAAAACACUUUGAGUCAGAGACGGCAGCUGCUCGAAAUGAUUUACUUAAUAUUGAUUUCCGCGUUCUCCGGAGCAGUCGUUACGCUGGUAUUACAGUUCUUGCUGAUAUAUCGGAGAAACACCGAGCCCAUUGGCAGGACAGUGCAGUAUGUCAAAGUAGUGCCUGAAAACGCAUUGAAGGAUUACUUUAAUACCCAGCAUGCCGAACCAGGCCAACAGCAGCAGGACAGCACAGCAUCUGGGGCACCUAAACAGCAAGAGGCCGUCUCAACAAGGCAGCAGGAAGCGGCUGUCACCGGCGGCAGCCCCAAGCAGCAGCCGCCACCGCCUUCUCAAAGCGAGCCCGUCGAUGCGGCCAAACCAGAAACGUGCAAUUUCCUAAAUGCUAUAUUUUUGUUCCUGUUCAGAGAGCUCAGAGACACCCCUGUUGUGAGACACUGGCUCACCAAAAAGAUCAAGGUGGAGUUUGAGGAGCUGCUGCAGACCAAGACAGCAGGACGGCUCCUGGAGGGACUCAGUCUCAGGGACAUUUCCCUGGGCAAUUCUCUGCCGGUCUUCAAGACGGCCAAACUUAUGAAACCGGUGCAUUUGAACGAGGACGGCAUGCCGGAGGAGCUCAACUUUGAGGUGGACAUCGAGUACAAUGGCGGCUUCCACCUCGCCAUCGACGUCGAGCUGGUGUUUGGGAAGUCUGCCUACCUGUUCGUGAAGAUGAGGCGCGUUGUGGGCAGGCUGAGGCUGCAGUUCACGCGCAUGCCCUUCUCCCAUUGGUCCUUCUCCUUCCUCGAGGACCCGCUGGUUGAUUUUGAGGCGAAGUCCCAGUUCGAAGGAAGGCCGCUGCCUCAGCUCACCUCCAUCAUAGUUAACCAGCUGAAGCGGGUCAUCAAAAAGAAGCACACCUUACCAAACUACAAGAUCAGAUACAAGCCCUUCUUCCCAUUCCAAGUGCAGGCUCCCCUGGGUUCGGCUUAUGAUUUGGACCUGUCAGUCCAGGACAGCAGGCUGGUGGAAGGCCGACUCAAAGUCACCCUCAUUGAAUGUAGCAGACUGUUCAUCCUGGGCUCCUAUGACAGAGAAACCUAUGUGCACUGUACCCUGGAGCUGAGCAGCCACCAGUGGAAGGAGAAGACUCGCAGCUCCAUCAAACGGACGGAGGUUAUCAAGGGGCCAUGUGGCAGUGUGGGGAUGACGUUCAGACACGUCCCAGCCAGCGAAGGGGAUGCAGUGCACGUCAGCAUCGAGACGGUCACGCCCAACUCCCCUGCAGCCUUGGCAGAUUUGCAGAGGGGUGAUCGUCUCAUCGCCAUCGGAGGCGUCAAAGUGACAUCCUCGGUUCAAGUGCCCAAACUGUUAAAGCAGGCUGGAGACAGGGUGGUGGUACUUUAUGAGAGACCGGUUCGUCACCAGACUCCCUCUUUUGGAAGCCUGGGAACUCUUCAGGAGGGGUUUGGGCAGCUAGAGGAAACAGGUUUUAGUUCCCAGGCAGGAGGUUAUGAGGAAGACCCAGCACCUAUUACCACCCUUUCCGACAUAUCCGACAGCAAAGACAUGGACUCUGAGUUUGAAGAGUUGAUUGUGGACUCCAAACCUUGCCAGAGUGGUGGCCCUAACAGCAGUACCACAAAUACCAGUGACAUUAAGGAAGAAUCCUUACUUACAGUAAACCAAAGCCCCAAAAGGACUGUGGCCAACUUGGCCUCUAAGCCCCUUGGUACCAUAUCACCUAUCCUCAAUCGCAAGUUAAACCUGGUGGGUCUCCAGUCACCACUAAAGCCCCAGCCCAAAGAAUCACCAAAGCCCUCACCGCAUAAGACCAGUAGUGAUCCAGGGGAGGGUCUGCAACGCCCCACCAUGCCUCCCCCACCUCCUCCUUCCCGACCCCCAGUGCCACCAAGACCUCAGAUAAGGUUGACGUCAGCCUCCUCAGAAACCAGUCUUUUGGAAGGUGUCGAUUCUGUUGCAACUACAAAUGCUACUGUUGCUCCUACAGUGACUACCACCAUCAGCGCUUCUGAAAAGUCUCCAGAAAAAGCUCCUCUCACUGGAGCCAGUGAAGACAAGGCUGGCACUGAGAAGAUAUGUGUCAAACAGGCAGAGGUCAAGCAGUCUACCAAGCCAGCAGAAAGCAGUGAUGAGCUGCCCGUCCCUCCCACUGUGACCAGCAGCAGCAAGGCCGAUCAAGCAAAGGACAAAGCUUCAGAGAGCUCCUGCAGCACACGGGACAGUCUAGAGGACCACUCCCUCUGGGAGUCCCCAGAAACCAUGUUUCGUAACCAGACAGGUCGCUGGCCCAAGGCAUCUGUGGUGUUUGAGGUGGACAGCAACCAUAAGUACCUUAAUGUGGCCCUGUGGUGCAAAGAUCCCUUUAAGCUGGGCAGUUUGUUGUGCCUGGGCCAUGUCAGCCUCCAGCUGGAACAUAUAGCCCUGGAAUGUAUGGCGACAUCUUCAGCAGAGUACCAGAGCACCUUUAGGUUGGGGCCUCCAGAACCCAGAGCUAAUGUCAGCCGCACUGCGCUUCGUAGCCUCAGCACCCACAAGGGCUUCAAUGAGAAGCUGUGUUACGGAGAUGUUACUCUGAACUUCUGCUACUUAGCUGAGGGUGAGUUAGAGUGUCCAGGGGGGCUGGCAGAAAGGGAGCGAGAGGGGAGUCUCCAUGAUGAGGAUCAAAGGGAGAGAGAGAGGGAGCAUAUCCCCUCAGCACCGCGUGAUGACUUGGCCUACGGUGCCAUGCAGUUAGUGGAGGUGCGUCACAACUUCCAGGACACCCAGUUCCAGAACCCCACCUGGUGUGAAUACUGCAAGAAGAAGGUUUGGACCAAGGCAGCCUCUCAGUGUAUGAUCUGCGCCUACGUUUGCCACAAGAAGUGCCAGGACAAGUGCCUCGCUGAAAAUCCCUUCUGUGUGGCAACGACUGAACGUCGUGGAGCUGACCCUGAAGCCAAAUCUACCAUAAACCGGGCCACCACUGGUCUCACGCGCCAUAUCAUCAACACCAGCUCCCGCCUGCUUAACCUCCGGCAGGUGCCCAAGACUCGGUUGGUUGAGCAGGUCACUGAUGUGGUGCCUGGAGUAGUGGAGCCCUCACCCAAGCAUACCCCCAACACUUCAGACAAUGAGAGCAGUGAUACUGAGACCUACACCAGUGGCGCCAGCCCUUCAAAGCAGCCCGUCGGCAGUGGUGGCAGUAGUAAACUUGUACGGAAGGAAGGUGGGUUGGAUGACAGUGUGUUCAUUGCUGUGAAGGAGAUAGGCCGCGACCUGUACAGGGGGCUUCCCACAGAUGAGCGCUCCCAGAAGCUGGAGCUGAUGCUGGACAAGCUGCAGCAGGAAAUUGACCAGGAGCUGGAGCAUAAUAACGCUCUUGUGCUCGAGGAGAGGGAGGCCACAGAUGUCCGGCGCAAGGCACUAAUCAGUACUGCCCUGGCCAAGUCUGGGGAGAGACUCCAAGCCCUCACCCUGCUAAUGAUCCACUACCGGGCAGGCAUUGAAGACCUGGAGUCAGUGGAAAGUACGUCUCCUUCAGAGCAGCAAGGCUUUAAAGGCAAAGGAGAAACCCUGGAGGAAGAUGCCCUGAUGGGGACAGAGGUCUAUGACAGUGACAUAUGCAGCCCUGUGGAGGUGCAGCUGCUGGAUGACAUCACUGAGGAGCAAAUCUGUGUGGAGGCACUCCACUGAAUAAGACUACAACAGAGAAAGAGGAGAACAAGUGCUUUGGGCUCGGGCCUUCCAGCAAAUUUAUGUCCAGUUUGUUUUUUGAGAUUGGGAAAUUUCAGAAGUCCAUUUUAAAAAUUGGGAAUGUGGGGUCCAGUGUUUGAUUCACACUUUUUUUUUUUACCUGACAAAGAAAGGAUGGGUAAAGGAGUUUCCUCUCCAAGGAUCCAUGGUAAUCUUGUUAUUGAUGUUUUGAUUUGCACAUUAUGAUGCCAUUUCCAUACUUUUGGUUUUUAAAGGGAAGCUUGAAAGCUACACAAUUAUCUGCCCUCAGUAGUGCUGCACGUGUGUCCUCAAGAUUUGUUUUUCUGUGGCUUCAGAAUAUCAUUGCAAGCAUUUAAUUCAGUUUGCUUUCUUGUUUGUAACUGCUUUUACCCAAGGACUAACCAAGAAAACGUGCACAUUUCUGUGGUGUACUAGUCUGAAUCAUCUUAACUUUGGAGAAGGAAAAUAGGUGUUAAAAUCUGUUUUCUCUGAGUAACAAGCCCAUAUGAAGGUGAAAUAUUUGAGUCUAUUACCUUGUGCUACUGCUAGGGAAAAGAAGGUUUAGACAACCUGUAAUUUGUCUAAUGACCCUCUAGGUGGUCAUGCAUAUCUUUUGUUUUGAGCACUUUUUUACUGUAAUAUAUUGGAUUUUAUAAGUUAUUUACCCUGAUCAUAACACUCUUUGGGAUAUCAGCAGUUGCAUAAUUAUUAGUGAACUUUCUUGAAUUUUUUUUUUCGUGAAUUUUCUUCUUUUGGUUUAUUUGUUUGUUUUGGUUAGGUCACAUAUGUUUGAUUAUACUAUAACCCAAAUUUUCUUUUUCUUGAGAGGUCCUGGGUUAGGAUUUUGAACCAUUUCUUUGUAUUUGUUUGUCUUGCCCAGUCACAUUUGUUCAUCCCAUGUUCAACUUCUAAAUCUCAACUAUUGCACAUGUUUACUGAUCAAAGCUCUCAUGGGUGCAAUGUGAAAAAAGGCACAUAAUUGACUUUUUGAUUGAUCUCUGAAUGAAUGUUACCCGGGAGCUCUCGUGAUGUUAAAAUUUCCAACAUGUAUUUGGUUUAGUGUCUGUGUGCAUGUGUGUAUGAAGAUGAUUUCCAUGCUUCAAAACUUAUAUGAUUUAGUGCACAUCAUUUGCCUUCAGGAGUUUUGUCUUCAUGCCCAAAAGUUUGAGUUUAGGUUUAGCCCUUUCUGUGUUUGGUGUACACACAGCUGUUUGACACUGCCUCCCACCUUUUCCUUGCAAUCCAUCAAGCAUUAAUGUAGCCUGUUGCAGUGAUUCUAUCAGAACCGGCUACAGCUCCAACGUGCUAUCCUGUUCAUCUUUUAUCUUUUACAGCCUCAGAGAGCCACUGGAAAGGACUUUGGUGAAGAGGGAAUAUUACUGUUCUAACUCUAGUUUUUAUUUUCCCAAUCACUUCAACACAUAUUUCCAGCACAAAUGCAAUUGAGUUUUGGUUUCAGUCCAUCAGAACUGUGACGUUCAAGACCACUUUAUGAGGUGAGCGUUUGUACAGAGGUGCGAAACUUCAAUUUCUCACUUAAGAUCUUUUUUCUUUCUCUCCUCCCGCUACUUCUUCCAUCACUAUUCGUGUGAACGGCUACGCAUACAACACUAUUAAUGUUUUCAAGGAGAAGCUGUUCAGAAGUGUGCCCUGUUGCCAUUCGUGCAGUUCAUUGCAUUGAGACACAAAGGUCUUUGAGAGAAAUCAGGAAUCGAUGGGACAGGAGAGGCUGUGACAGCAGGCUUUUUGUCCAACCUUUGAGUUUAGCCAUUCGUGACGGAUAAAAACAUUCUUGCCAUUAGAUGUGUUGGAUGACACAUUGUGGAAUCUACUUGAAAAACACUGAAGGCUUAAACUCAAGUGUUUCCAACCUUGAUAGCACCAGAGACCAUUUUUUCAUCAAUGGCAUUUUUUGGACCAGUCAACCCCUAACCCUUCACGGCUGAAAUGAAGAAUAGCUUCUGACGUGAAGUGGGUCAGCAAACACAUUAGGACUUACAUCUCCCUUAAGAAUCUUUUUAAGCUCUCUCAAAAAUUUUUUUUUUUUUCCUGAUUUUAGCUAGCUGGUUGCAGCAGUCAUAGGAAUGUGUGCGUGCAGCUAUGUGGGUAUGUGGGCUAUGUACUGGCAUACUGAUGGCCUACUUUCAAAAUAGUCUCCUUUUGUAAGUGUGGAAGGGAGCGAUGAGGAAACCCUGGUCAAGGUACCCGUGAAAUAGCCUAUAAUGUUAUAGAAAUACUACUCGUUCUGUGACCUUGUACCAGAACCGGGGUUAGAGCCACUGCUUUAGAGCUAAGAUUACAGUUUUCUUGAGACAUCUAUAGAUGUUCUUAUAUUAAGUACAAAACCAAGCUGAUAACACAUUCAAUAAAUACAAAAACAACAGUACAUCACCCAAAAUGCACUGAACAUUAAACCCGGUUGAGUCAGCAGAGGGUAGGUUUUUAAGCAUUGGUCCAAGGUCAUGGGACAAGACAAGUAAUCAGUCAGACUCUUUCCUGUUCUUUUCUGUGUAAUAGAUAUGUUGCUCAUGUAGAUAUUGGCUUACUGGCUGCUGUACUUCAGAACCUCAGUCUCUGUGUAUCCAUAUUUUUUGUGCAAUAUUUUUGUAGGAAAUUAAGCUGAUAAUCAGGAAUGAAUCCCCAUGUCUGUGAUUUCUCUUCUUUUCUCUUUAAAAUGUGUAGUUUGUGCGUCCACCUGUCUGGUAAUGUAACCUGAGGGUUUUUCGGGACUAAUGACAUCCUGAGAGGAGUUCACUCUCAGUAAACCCCUCUUUUGGCCUGAGAAGCACUGCUUUUUCUGCUGCUGCUGCUGCUGUUACAAUGUGCUCUUCCACCGAACUCACCCCCCAUCUGUCUGGUAAUGUAACCUGAGGGUUUUUUGGCCUGAGAAGCACUGUUUUUGCUGCUGCUGCUGCUGCUGUUGUUACAGUGUGCUCUUCCACAGAUCUACCCCCCCACCCACUCCCGGCCCUAACCUUUGAAACUGCACUUACAAUAUAUUCAGCGGGUCAAGAUGGUGUUUGUUUCUUUUUGUGUAUGUGAGGGAUGUUGUACACAGUUUUUGAGAAGGCUCAUGUGAUGAAGCUUUAUUGUACAUAACCUGAAUAAACAAGCUCAAUGAAUUC